ACCGCUUUAUUAAUUCUUCUUCCGGAUUUUUUUUCUAUAGCCGGUUCGCAUAGUUUCUAAAUAAACGGUGAAGGAGGACCUCCGACGUAAACUUCGUUGUAGUCUAGAUUUGUCUCGUCGCUGCGAUGCUCAAGUUUGUAACACUCUAUGUCUGGCUACAUUUUUUCAAUGGCGUUGCAAGUCGUACGGCUCCUUACACUAAAAACGACAUGAAGACCCUUGAUGUGAAUCUGGCUCGGGGACACAUUACCUUGAACGACAUGUUCAGAGAGGUGGAAAAACUGAUGGAGGAUACGCAGCAUAAACUGGAGGAAGCCGUGCAGCAGAUGAACAAUGAAAGUGCUAAAUCUCUAUCUUAUGCACACGACCUGCUUCCAAAUUAUCAUAAUUUGACAAGUUCCGAGGACGUGCUGGAAGGUCAAGCCGUUCACAUAGUUGAACAGAUCAUUAAGGAAACGGACAAUACGACAGGAGAGAUUCAUCUGAUCCAAAGCAGUGACAGGUGGAAUGAAGUUGACCAUGAGUGCUUGAUCGAUGAAGACUGUGCAGACGGCAGCUACUGCCUGUACCAGAUACGGACCUCCAAAUGCAUCCCCUGCAAGGCCACCGAUGCUACCUGCGAAAAGGACGAGGAGUGCUGUGCAGGCCAACUGUGUGUGUGGGGAAGUUGCUCGGGGGAAGGCAAAAGAGGACAGUCAGGCAGCAUCUGCCAGUACCAGAGCGACUGCAGCCCAGAGCACUGCUGUGCCUUUCAGAAGGAGCUGCUCUUUCCAGUGUGCACCCCACGACCCCAGGAGCACCAGACUUGCUACAGCCACCCCAACCUCCUGAUGGACAUGCUGCUGUGGGACGUGGAAGGCCCAAGGGAACACUGCCCCUGUGCUGGGGGCCUUGAGUGUCAGCCCCUCAGACGUGGAUCCCUCUGCCUGGACGCCAGAGGCUCAUCUGGUGAGGAUGAUAGCCCACAUCCAGACUUUAUGUAAAACAUGAGUGGUUUCCUCAACUUAAGUCUGAAUUGACUUUUCUGGCUCUAAAUGUGUCUUGACUCUACACUAAGAUUCCUCAGAGCACAAAGCAGUUGGAGGACAACAGCACAUUUACUACCAAUAUGAGCAUGGAGGUCUUCCAUUUUUGUACCAAGUAUUUCUGUUGUGAUAAACAUGUUGGCAAUAACCCUUGUUUCUCUGUUGAAAAACAACUGUACUUAUUAUAAUAAAAUUCAAUGACUCUUGUAUUCAUGUGAGGCAUUGUAAAGUAUCAUUAAAGUACAAGUAAAGUUUGUAUAUCAAACACAUCAUAUUUAAAUCAAGCAUAUCUUUUUUUUUUUUUUUGCAAAGAUGGCUAAAUUAAAAACUUCUAAAAGGU